CGCUCAAGUCAUGCGAUGCCUGCCCCGUGCCAAUGCGCCCUGUUCUGCCGCUGCAUUGGCCGCGCACGGGGCCCAGGCUGCCAGCGCUUUGUGACGGGGGUCCGGUGGGUGACAUCUUGCCCCCCCCAAACAUCGAGAUUUCCAAAACCGCUGGUACCCUUUGAGAAGCCAAUGAAGUGGGUAACAUCACCAGAGUCAACCAGUACUUUUGAGAAGUUGGAAGCUGCCCCACCGUCCCCAGGACAGCUGAAACACGUGUUCUUCCACAAUGCAAUACCUUUUGUAGGCUUUGGAUUCUUGGAUAAUGCGAUUAUGAUUGCUGCAGGAACCCAAAUAGAAUUAUCAAUUGGAGUUGUCCUGGGAAUAACUACUAUGGCAGCUGCUGCUCUGGGAAAUCUUGUUUCAGAUUUAGCUGGACUGGGUCUUGCAGGUUAUGUUGAAGCUCUAGCUUCUAGAAUGGGCCUGUCAAUUCCUGAUCUGACUCCCAAGCAAGCUGAUAUGUGGCAAACACGUCUCAGUGCACACGUGGGAAAAGCAAUUGGAGUGACCAUUGGCUGCCUUUUAGGAAUGUUUCCUUUGUUCUUCUUUGGAGAUGAAGAAAAAAAAGUGGAAGAGAAAAAUUAACCUUUUUACAAAUACAAAAAAGUGUAAACUAAUGUACCUCAAUUAUUCAGUUAUGCUGUCAGAAUAUUUAGGAAUUAACAGACAG